UGUGUAUUCUCCUCACAUGAUAGAGAGUCUAAGUCAGGGCUCAAGCUCUUUACUUCUUUCCCGCUACAUUGUUUGUUUUCUAUGCGAAUUCCUUUGUAGAUGCGUUGCCCUAAUGGCUGCCUAAUUGUUGACCAAUGCAGUUAUCAAGCUAUCCCCCUGAUAACAUGGAUUUUCUUGUGAGCUGAAAGAGUUUGGCGCGGAAAUUCGAAGAGAAAGUUGUGGGAUCGCUUUCCAAGAUGACUCAAGUAACUUCGUUCCUUCAUAUUGGGGAUAUCGUCUCCCUGUAUGCUGAAGGAAAUGUCACUGGUUUUAUUAGCACCCUUGGACUAAUUGAUGAUCGAUGCGUCGUUCAACCUUGUGCCGGUGAUCUUUCAAAUCCUCCAAAGAAAUUUCGCGAUUGCCUCUUCAAAAUUUGCCCUAUGAACAGAUAUUCUGCCCAAAAACAGUUUUGGAAAGCAGCAAAACCAACCACUUCGGCAACAGACGCCGUCCUGUUAAAAAAACUUCACCAUGCUGCAGAACUUGAGAAGAAGCAAAAUGAGAGUGAAUACAAAAAGAUGCUGAGUAGUGUUGUACAAUAUGGCAGUGUUAUCCAGCUGCUUCAUGUUAAAAGCAACAAGUUCUUGACUGUAAAUAAGCGGCUCCCUGCACUACGAGAGAAAAAUGCCAUGCGUGUCACCUUAGACCCAAAUGGAAAUGAGGGGUCUUGGUUCUAUAUUGUGCCAUUUUAUAAACUAAGAGCAGCUGGAGAUAAUGUUGUGGUUGGUGAUAUGGUCAUUUUAAAUCCUGUCAAUGCUGGCCAACCCUUGCAUGCAAGUAACCAAGAGCUUAUUGACAACCCAGGGUGUAAGGAGGUGAACUGUGUGAACUGUCAAACUAGCUGGAAAAUUUCCCUCUUCCUCUCUUAUGACGAGAAUGAUGAGGACAUUCUUAAAGGGGGAGAUGUUGUACGCCUCUUCCAUGCUGAGCAAGAGAAGUUUCUUACCUGUGAUGACUUCAAGAAAAAAUCCUAUAUCUUCCUCCGAACCACUGCUAGGCAGACAGCCACCUCGGCCACCAGCUCAAAAGCUCUCUGGGAAGUGGAGGUUGUGCAACAUGACCCCUGUAGGGGAGGGGCAGGGCAUUGGAAUUGUCUUUUCCGGUUCAAGCAUCUCGCAACUGGAGACUAUCUAGCUGCGGAGGCUGACGAUGACAACACCAAAGACGCUACUCGACACAAACUCAAGGGGAGUGACCCCGUCUUCCACCUCGUCCCAGCCCCUCACGGUAACGACAUCGCCUCCAUCUUUGAGCUUGACCCUACGACGCUGACUCGCUCUGACUCACUCGUCCCCCGGUGCUCCUACGUGCGGCUUCGUCACCUCUGCACAAACACGUGGGUCCACUCCACAGGAAUCCCGAUUGACAAGGGAGAGGAGAGGCCGGUUAUGCUGAAGAUCGGUACCGCGAGCAUCAAAGAAGAUAAGGAAGCGUUCGCGAUCGUUCCCGUCCCUGCUUUGGAAGUCAGAGAUCUCGACUUCGCUAACGAUGCAAGCAAGGUCUUGGGGACUUUUGCAAGCAAGCUAGAGACUGGGAACUACACACAGCACGAGAGAAGGUUUGUGACGCAGCUCUUGACGGACCUGGUUUACUUCGUGACGGAGCAUGAUACAGGAGGCGAAGAUGUGCUGAACAUUCAAGUACAAGACCCCAACAGAGACAGGCAGAAACUAAUGCGGGAACAGAACAUACUCAAAGAGGUGUUUCAUCUGCUCAAGGCUCCAUUCACUGACAAAGGAAAUGGUCCGAUGCUACGUAUUGAAGAGCUGUCUGACCAGAGGAACGCACCUCUCAGGCACAUCUUCCGGCUCUGCUACCGCGUGCUGCGUCACUCUCAGCAAGAUUACAGGAAAAACCAGGAGUAUAUCGCCAAGCAGUUCGGCUUCAUGCAAGCACAGAUCGGAUACGAUAUCCUUGCCGAGGACACCAUCACAGACCUGGUCCAUAACAACCGGAAGCUGCUCGAGAAGCACAUCACGCGCACCGAGAUCGAGACGUUUGUCAGCCUGGUGCGCAAGAAGAAAGAGUGCAGGUUUUUGGACUACCUAUCCGAUCUUUGUGUAUCAAACCACACAGCCAUCCCAGCAACUCAGGAGUUGAUCUGCAAGACUGUGCUGCACCCCUCCAACUCUGAUCUUCUCAUAGAGACAAGGAUAUUAGAAGGAGAUGUAUUCCUGGUCUGGGAGAGGGGAGAGAAGAUGAAGGCUCAGAAGGACAUUGCUAAAGGCGUGAAGAUGAUGGUCAAGGAAGACAUCAAAAUACUUGACUACUACCGAUACCAGCUGAACUUAUUCUCUCAGAUGUGUCUCGAUCGCCAGUACCUUGCCAUUAACAGCAUCAGCAAACAACUCGACGUCGACCUUAUACUAAGGUGUAUGGCGGAUAAGGAGCUGCCAUGUGAUCUGAGAGCGGCGUUCUGUCGCCUGAUGCUCCACAUGCACAUAGACCGGGACCCUCAAGAGACCGUUACACCCGUGAAAUAUGCGCGACUUUGGAGCGAGAUACCUACAGAGAUGACCAUCCAUGUCUACGACCAGCACGAGGCAGUCGGGGAGGAGAGGGAAGAUAUUCGCCGGAGAUUCGAGGGAGUCAUCCAGUUCGUGGAGAAUUACCUGCAUAACAUCAGCAGUAACGUGUUCUCCUUUAGCGACAAGGAACAGAACAAGCUCACUUUUGAGGUUGUUCAGAUUGCACGUCACCUGAUCUAUUUCGGGUUCUACGGAUUUAGUGACUUGUUACGACUGACGCAGACUCUUCUGUCUAUCUUGGAUUGCGAGCAGAGAGCGUUCACACGCAUACACAACGGCGGAAAAAAUGAUGCAGUAAACGACAACAAGGUCGAGAUGACGAAGAGCAUCCACUUACUGGGGGCCACUAUGACAAGGGUCGCUUUUGGUGGGAGCCUAGACCCUUGGGGGCUCAUUCAGCACUCUGAAGGAGGGACCAAGGGCGAGAUCGAGAUUGACCAUGUCGUCAUGGAAACCAAGUUGAAGGUCCUUGAGAUUUUGGAGUUCAUCAUGAACGUUCGUCUUGAUUACCGGAUCUCGAGUCUCUUGACGAUUUUCAAGAAAGAUUUCGACGAGAGUAACGCCAACAUAGGAGAUGUCAAUGCCGAUAACGGAAAAAAGUCAAAACGACGCUGUAAAAUCGACGAGGCUGGUGUGCCCCACUACCUCGCACCACAUACUUGGAUUGAUUUAGAGAAUAUCAGUGCACAGGCGGAGGCCAUCUUUGGAGGCUCAAUUGGGUCUGCGGAUAUCGACCUUGACCUCGAUGGGCAGGGCGGACGUACCUUCCUGAGGGUGUUGCUGUACCUCUGUAUGCACGACUACCCGUCACUAGUCACCGGCUCACUGCAACUGCUCAUUAGACAUUUCAGCCAGAGACAAGAGGUUCUGCAGGCAUUUAAACAGGUACAGCUUCUUGUGUCCACAAGUGACGUGGAGAACUACAAGCAGAUUCGGUCAGACCUGGACGAGCUCCGCUUAUUGGUGGAGAAGUCGGAACUCUGGGUGUACAAGAGCAAGAAGGACUCCAUCGGGUCCACAAAGAAAAAGAAAGAAACUGCUGACGGAGACAAUGACAAAGAGGCUCUAGAUAAACAAGACAAAGCGGCUCAACAGGACGCAGCGAAAGAUACAGAAAAGUUCCGAACACGGAUAUCUAGCGAAGGAUCAAUGGAGUUGGAAGUUGAACACUCAGAAUCGAUGACGCUCAAAAACUACAAGAAAGUAGAAGCGAUCCUUCAGCGAAUCAGUCAGCUCUGUGUGACAUACGGACCUGAUGACGUAAAGAAGAACCGCAAGCACGAACAAAGGCUACUGCGCAACAUGGGCGCGCAUACUGUAGUGCUUGAACUGCUGCAAAUACCAUAUGCCAAGGAUGAAGACAUUCGAAUGGAAGAUAUUAUGGCACUGGCGCACGAGUUUUUGCAAAACUUUUGUCUUGGAAAUCCACAGAACCAGUCUCUACUCCACAAGCAUCUAGACCUGUUCCUGACUCCAGGGCUGCUAGAAUCCCAGACGUUGCGUUACAUUUUCAUGGAUAACUCAGCGUUGUGUUACGAGGUCACGGAGCGCGUAGUUCAGCACAUCAUCCAUUGCAUCGAGUCACGUGGACGUCACGUGGAGUACCUUAAGCUUUUGCAGACGCUUGUGAAGGCUGAGGGGCAAUCCAUAAGAAAGACGCAAGACAUGGUCAUGGCGGAGCUUGUGAACGUAGGCGAGGACGUCCUAGUGUUCUACAGCGACACGAAAUCCUUUAACCACCUGAUAGAGAUGAUGCAAUCAGAGCGAGAGCGCUUGGACGAGGCGGGGGCUCUACUCUAUCACAUCAACCUGGUCCAGCUUCUCGCCUGCUGCACGGAGGGGAAGAAUGUGUACACGGAGAUUAAGUGCCACAGCCUGUUGCCGCUAGAUGAUAUUGUGAGGGUGGUGACCCAUGAGGACUGUAUACCAGAGGUCAAGAAUGCGUAUGUGAAUUUCCUGAACCACUGUUAUGUGGACACAGAGGUAGAGAUGAAGGAGAUCUACACCAGUAAUCACAUCUGGAGGCUCUUUGAGGAUUUUCUCGUCGACAUGGCUAGGGUGUGUAAUAACAUGAUGGACCGGUAUCACGCAGACACGAUGCUUGAGAAGUACGUGACAGAGACGAUCAUGAACCUCAUUACAUUCUUCUUCAACUCGCCCUUCUCAGACGCCAGCACCACCAUCAAGUCUCGUCAGCCCGUUUUUGUGAAGCUGUUGCGUGGAGCGUUCAGGGUGUCACAGUGCUCGUGGCUUUCUGGAGCACAGAAGUAUCAUGUGGAGACGUGCAUCAAGGCGCUAUCCGACAUCGCUAAGAACCGCAACAUUGCGAUCCCCGGCGACCUGGAGACACAGAUCCAAGCUCUGUUCACACGCUCCCAACUGGUGAUGAAGCACACUCGGCACUGGCUUAGCCACGGCAAGGUCCGGCGGGACUCAACCAUGCACUUGUCACGUGACUACCGCAGCAUCAUUGAGGGACUGCAGGACAUCGUUUCGUUACUAGAGGACCAGCUUCGACCGUUAAUCCAGGCAGAGUCCUCGCUCCUAGUUGACGUGUUGUACAGACCCGAUCUCAUGUUUCCUGGACACUCAGAGGCAAGACAGAAAGCUGGCGAUGGCGGAUUUGUGACCAGACUUGUGAACCACACCAAGCGAUUGCUGCAAGACAACGAAGUCCUCUGCAUCCGGGUCUUACAGACGCUAAAGGCAAUGAUGGCACGUGACACAGACUUCGGAGAAAAGGGAGAGACUCUCAGGGUAUCCCUUCUAAAACGCUACUACGGCGCCAACUACGCCAUGACACGUGACAAAAAACGCUCCAGGGAACGCCUGUCCAGAAAGACGUCCAGUCAGUCCUGCAACUCCGGACCCGGUGCUACCCUUCUGUCACGCGCGGGCGUCACGCUCUUUGAGAUGCAGUGUCAUCUGGACGCAUGUGGGACGUCCGAUCUGAUCAUAGACCUGAUCGUGGCCACACCCAACCAUAGGAUAUUUCAGGAAAUUAUGGAACUGGCGAUUGCGCUGCUUGAAGGAGGGAAUGGUGUGAUACAGAAAUCGUUCCUGCAUCGGUUCCUGACAGACAAGCUUUGCGAAGGCUUCUUUAAUUACAUGAUGGAGCGGAUGACUGACGCUGCGGCCGAAAUAAAAGCGAACAUCACGGUGCAGACAUCUGACACAACACAGAGCGUCAGUAAAAAGAGCGAGAAAGAGACGUCAAGCAAGGCAGAGGAACUGAGGCGAGGAAAUUUCCUGGGUGGCCGGAGAGACACGUUAUCCAGCGGCUCAUUGACUGGUGUUAGUGAAGAGAUUAGGGAGCAGUUGAUGGAUGCUGCGGCACACACGAACAAAGCUUACUUAGCCGUGCGGCGAAGCCGAGACCCGGACACAGAGACAGAGACACCAAGGUUUGUACCUGGUGGUAGUUUGGACCUGCAUGGCAUCUCGGGGGGUGUGUCUAACAAGAAUGACUCCAAGUCAAUGGCACCAGAAGUGAUCGCUAUGAAACCAAUCCUCAGAUUCCUACAGCUACUGUGUGAGAACCACAACAGGGACCUACAGAACUAUAUCCGCCGUCAAGACAACAACAAGGCAAACUACAACCUGGUACACGAGACUCUACAGUUCCUGGACUGUAUCUGCGGGAGCACGUCCGGGGGCCUGGGACUACUGGGCCUGUAUAUCAACGAAAACAAUGUGGAGCUGAUUAACCAGUGUCUGGAAAGUCUGACGGAAUACUGCCAAGGGCCAUGCCAUGAUAACCAGGACGCCAUUGCCCGGCACGAGUCCAACGGGAUCGACAUUAUUAUCGCGCUGGUGUUGAAUGACAUCAACCCACUUGGCAAGCAAAGGAUGGACCUAGUGUUAGAGCUUAAGAAUACGGCGUCCAAGACCCUUCUGGCCGUUAUGGAGAGUCGUCAUGACAGUGAGAAUGCGGAGCGAAUCCUGUACAACAUGACGCCAAAACAGCUGGUUGACGUGUGCAAGCAAGCAUACCAGCAAGAUGACAUGGUGGAGGAAGACGAUUCAGAGGUGUCCGCCCGCGACGUUGGACACAACAUUUACUUACUCGCCACGCAGCUAUCUCAGCACAACAAGGAGCUGGCAAGUCUACUCAAGCUCACGCACACAGAGUUUGAGAUGGAACAGAUCCACGGCGACAGCGCGCUAGAAUACUACGCCAAAAACACGGCUCAGAUCGAGAUUGUUCGCCAGGACCGCACCAUGGAGCAGAUCGUGUUCCCCGUGCCUCAGAUCUGCGAGUUCCUGACGGAUGAAAGCAAGAUCAAUGUGUAUGCAACAUGCGAGCGGGACGACCAGAACAGCAAAGUGUCCGACUUCUUCCACCGCACUGAGGACCUUUUCCAGGAAAUGCAGUGGCAGAAAAAACUACGAGAACACCGGUUGCUGUUCGGCCUCAGUAGUCGUCUGAGCUUGUGGGAACAAAUAUCCAUCAAUUUCGCCGUCCUCAUCAAUCUACUCGUUGGCUUCUUCUAUCCAUUCUCGGACGGACCGGGAGACCUGGACCCCCGCCUGUCCAUCCUGGUGUGGCUUGCCAUGCUCGUCUCGUUCGCCAUCAUCAUCACCUUCCCGCGUCCGUCAGGCAUUCGCACGUUCGUCGGCUCCACCAUCCUUAGAUUGAUCUUCUCUCUCGGCCUUGAGCCCACGCUCAGAAUACUCGGCCUUGCUAAUGUUAUCAACAAAGCCAUCUCCGUGGUAAGCUUCGUGGGUAAUCGUGGUACGUUUCAGUAUGGUGUGCGACGCAUUCUCACCGACAAAGAGCUCAUUCUCCACCUUACGUACUUUGGGUUCGGCGUGCUCGGUCUCACCGUGCAUACAUUCUUCUACUCUGUGUUGCUUCUAGACGUGAUCUUCCGUGAAGACACCCUUCUAAACGUGAUUCGUAGCGUGACGCGUAACGGUCGCUCCAUCAUCCUGACAGGGAUCCUAGCCCUCAUCAUCGUCUACAUGUUCUCGAUCGUCGGCUUCUUGUUCCUCAAGGAUGACUUUUUGAUCGAGACUGACCCUCCACCAGCCCUACCCUCGAUCGGAAGUCCCCAGUUUUGUAUGUCAGGGGACGAUAGGUGUGACCCCUCCGUCACGCUCUCAGGGGUGGCGUCUGCAGCCUCUUCGGGAGGGGAAGGGGGAGAGAGCGUGAAGGAAAGAGCAUGCGACACUCUAAUCAUGUGCAUCGUGACAACACUGAACCAGGGCCUUCGUAAUGGAGGGGGUAUUGGGGAUGUACUUAGAAGACGGUCAAGUAAGGAGAAGAUGUUUGCGGGCCGCGUGGUGUACGAUCUCAUGUUCUUCUUCAUCGUCAUCAUCAUCGUCCUCAACCUGAUCUUUGGUGUCAUCAUAGACACAUUCGCGGAUCUCAGGAGCGAAAAACAGAACAAGGAAGAAGUUCUAAAGAACACUUGCUUUAUUUGCGGCUUGGACAGAUCAGCAUUUGAUAACAAGUCGGUGUCAUUCGACGAACACAUCAAGAGCCAGCACAACAUGUGGCAUUACCUGUACUACAUCGUCUUACUCAGAGUCAAGGACCCUACGGAAUUCACGGGACCAGAGAGCUAUGUUAGCCAUAUGACAAAGGACAAAAACCUUGACUGGUUUCCAAGGAUGCAGGCGAUGAGUCUGGCCAUCGACGAGGGUGGAAACGAGCAGAACGAGAUGAGGAAUCUGCAGGACAAGCUGGAGAACACCACUAAACUAGUGCAGACCUUGUCGCAACAAUUAUCAGACUUGAAGGAGCAGAUGACAGAGCAAAGGAAACAGAAGCAAAGGAUGGGUCUGCUUGGGCCACAACACGGCCUGGCUGCUCCACCAACCAACAAUUUUAAGCUCUGACCAUGAACCACGAGGAGAGCUACCGGAACAGGGAUGUUCCCCUGAUGUCCCUUAAAUCA